CCCUGGCCAGCCCGGCCAGCAUGCAGCAGCAGCCCCUGCCUGGGCCCCCGGGCCCUGCCGCGGAGCCCACCAAGCCUCCCUACAGCUACAUCGCUCUGAUUGCCAUGGCCAUCCAGAGCUCCCCGGGGCAGCGGGCCACACUCAGCGGCAUCUACCGCUACAUCAUGGGCCGCUUCGCCUUCUACCGCCACAACCGGCCUGGCUGGCAGAACAGCAUCCGCCACAACCUGUCGCUCAACGAGUGCUUUGUCAAGGUGCCUCGAGAUGACCGCAAGCCAGGCAAGGGCAGCUACUGGACGCUGGACCCGGACUGUCACGACAUGUUUGAGCAUGGCAGCUUCCUGCGCCGACGCCGACGCUUCACCCGGCGGGCAGGGGGCGAGGGUGCCAAGGGCCCUGCCAAGGCGCGCCGGGCACCCCUCAGAGCCGCCAGCCAGGACCCAGGAGUCCCCAGCGCCACAACUGGCAGGCAGUGCCCCUUCCCUCCGGAGCUGCCAGAGCCCAAAGGUCUAAGCUUCGGGGGUCUGCUGGGGACCUUGCCAGUCACCAUGUGCUCGACAACCAUUGAAGCUAGACCGCGACCACCUGUGGAGCCCAAAGAGCUGCCCACGCCCAAGCCCACUGGCCCCGGGGAGCUCCCCCUGGCCGCCACGUCUUCCCCAUGCCCAGCAUUUGGCUUUCCUGCUGGGUUCUCUGAGGGUGAGGGGUUUAGCAAGGCCCCUACGCCCACCUUGACACCUGAGACGGGCAUCGGGAGUGGCUACCAGUGCCGGCUGCAGGCUCUGAAUUUCUGCGUGGGAACUGAGCCCGGCCUGGAGCACCUCUUGGCCUCGGCAGCCCCCUCCCCGGCACCACCCACCCCUCCAACCUCUCUCAGGGCCUCGCUGCCCCUGCCUGCUGACCCCAAGGAACCCUGGGUGGCUGGAGGCUUUCCUGUCCAGGGAGGCUCUGGCUAUCCAUUGGGACUGACCCCCUGCCUAUACCGGACGCCGGGAAUGUUCUUCUUUGAGUGAAGCCAGCCUGGCCUCGGGCAGUUCCUGCAGGACCCUUGCCAGAUACUCCCUCCCGGCUGAGCCUGACUACGAUCUGGGGAGCUUUCAGAGGACCCCACCCUGGAAAGCUGAGGACAAUGGGACAGAAAACCAACACUGGAGGGGUGACCGCUCAACUAGGCCCCUGGGGCCUCUGGACAGACUUGGGGGUGAGGGGAACGGGGCCCAUGGAAUGUCCUCUGUGACGCUGAGGGCCAAUAA